GCGUCGAGAUCAGAGAGCGGGCGUGGGUCGAGGUGGGCGGAAGCGGAUUUGAGGAUCUCAUACACGAAGUACGACAGAGGUAUUUGGCUUGGGACUUGUUGCCCUGCCAAAGAAGAUUUAACAUUUUGAAGCCCUUAGGCCCAUCUGCGGGGCUUGGUAUUCUUUUGCGUCCCCGUGUUUCUGGUACUUGCAUUUUGCCUCCAGAUCGUAUCGCCUCUGUACAGUCCCCGUUUGGUGCGACCCCAUAGGAGGGUUUAUUUUCGGCUGGUUUCAAUACCAGUCAAAAUUGAUACCAUUCUGAUCAAGUGGAGAGGAAGCUGUUGUUGUAAGCCCUGCAGGCGCAUACUGUGCCGCCAUGCCCGAGUCCCAGGACGCAUCCUGCGAUGGUCCGACCGGUCACUUGGAGCUCAGCCAGGAGCUGGACCAGAUCGACCUGUGCCCCAUCACACUGGAUGACAUCAAGGCUGACCCACAUAGACCGCAGAUCGAUGAAAGUGAAAUCAUCGAGUGGAAGCAGCGCGACCACUUCGCCACGGGGAAGCGCAAGCGGCCGGUGCCCAUCGUGAUAAAGACGCCGUCGACCCGGCAGCUCUGGAACCGCGCCAUCUCCAAGGUCCUGGCCAUGCUGAGGGGCGACUCAAAGGCCAACAGUCUGGGCGACUCGUGGGAGAACUUUGACGUGGAGGGCCUGAAGACGGAGAAGGCCACGCGCUACCGCUACAAGGCGCUCACGGGCACCUGGGUCACCGACGAGGUCUCCAUCAAAAUGGAGCCCGAACACUUCAACGCCGGAGCCAUGCGCCGCUGCUUCCGAGCGAAGAAGCUGAGCAACUUUUGCCACCACUCGUCGUGGCACCGCGAGAGUAACAACUACGUGGCCAAGGCGUACAUGGUACCGGUGGACCGGCGCACCUACUUCGACGACGUCAAGCUGCAGAUGGAGGCCAAGCUGUGGAGCGAGGAGUACAACCGGCACAACCCGCCCAAAAAGGUGGACAUAAUGCAGAUGUGUGUGGUGGAGAUGACGGAGCGCCCGGACAAGCCGCUCUACCACUUCGAGCACUUUAUCGACGGCAGCUACGUCAAGUACAACUCCAACUCGGGCUUUGUGCGCGACGAGAACCUGCGACUGACACCGCAGGCCUUCAGCCACUUCACCUUCGAGCGGUCGGGUCACGAGCUGGUGGUCGUGGAUAUCCAAGGAGUGGGCGACCUCUACACGGAUCCGCAGAUCCACACCGCCGACGGAGAGAGUUACGGAGACGGCAACCUGGGCACGCGCGGAAUGGCGCUGUUCUUCCACUCUCACGUCUGUAACACCAUCUGUCACUCGCUGAACCUGACCGCCUUCGACCUGGCGCCGACCGAGAGCAAGGAGCUCUCCACACAGAUCAAACUGCAGCAACGCAGUAAGACGCUGUCGCGGGGUCUGGAGGAGGUGUGCGCCUCGCCGCGGGAGCACGAGUUCGACCUGCACGAGUACAUGCGGCGCCGCUCGUCCAGUUCGGGCCACUGGAGCGGCGACGAGGUCACCAGUCCGCUGGAGGCGUCGUCCCCGCCGCAGUUUUAUAACGAGCUGUCAGACUCCGCGCGCGACUCGGCCUUCAUCGCCAAGCGGACCCGCUUCAUCAGCGAGAGCUCGACGGGCUCCACGGACGCCAACGACUGCCUCCGGUUCCAGUCCUGCUCCUGCCCUGAGUGGUCCUGCCCCCGGCCGGCCGCCGGCUCCAGUCCCGGCAGCAGCGGGGACGGCCUCUGUUCGUCGCCCUCGCUGCCGGAGCGGCCCCCGCACACGGUGCCCUCGCUGCACCCGAGCGGCCGCAGUCACCCGCUGCUGAGCCAGGGCGGCGGCGGCAGAGAGGCCGAGAGGGCCCUCUUUCAGGAGGUGAUCAGUAACAAGCAGCGGCCGUCCAACAUCGAGGCCGAGGUGUGCCGCAUCUCCACGGCGGAGGCGCCCUCCAUCCUCGGACAGAUCCACUUCGACCUGGCCAAGUAUCACGAGGUGGGUCGUUUCCUGGGCGAGGACAAGACGGCGGCGUACGACCGCUCUGCGGGCAUGUUCCACCUGGAGCGGGCGGUCGACUGCGGCGUCCGCGAGGCCAUCAUCACACUGGCCGACAUCUGCCUGGGGCGGCCACACGACCUCCUCUCGGACGUGCAGUUGGAGGACAGCGCGGAGACUCGGCGGCGCGGUAUCUCGCUGCUGGAGCGGGCCGCGCAGGCCGGCGACCGGGCCGCCAUGGUGGAUCUGGCGCGCAGCUACGAGCUGGGCACCUACCUGCCGGCCGGCGAGAAGGACAUCGACUGGAACAAGGCAGUCCACUGGUACGCUCUGGCGGCGGACACAGAUGUGGACGAGAGCGCCGUGGCCGAGGACCCCACCUACCUGCUGAUGGGACGCUGCGCCGAGAUGCUGAAGGCCGGCGGGCCGCGCCUCGAGCCCGACUACUCGCGCGCCGCCGAGGUGUUCAACAGCGCCGCCGAGAAGGCCUCGGCGGCCAUGAAGGGGCGCGCCGCCAACCGCUACUUCAUGGAGGCCGAGGAGUGCUGGGCGCUAGCCGAGGGAGACGGCGAGGGAGAGGGAGAGGAGUAGGGAAGAGAGAAGUGGAGAGUGCUGGGCGCUGGUACAGGGGAAGACGGCGAGGGAGAGGGAGAGGAAUAGGGGAGAGAGAAGUGGGGAGUGCUGGGCGCUGGUACAGGGGGAGGAUGAAGAGUAGGGGAGAGAGCGGGAGAGUCGUCGCUCAGGAGCGGUGGACGUCCCACGUCGUCCUCCUGCAGUCGUUCCUGUUUCUCGGUGUGUACAGAUGUGUAGCUAUGCCUCUGACCGGCCGCCGGGUUCCAGCGGUCCGCCCCGCUCCCGCUGCCCCCGUGUGACGGUGUGUGUGUGUGGUGUGGUGUUUAUGUGUUCCACAGGGCUGUGUACAUAGUUCGGGCGCUCGGCGGCGGCGGCACGCCGUUGUAGUCGCGCCGGGCCGCCGCCUCGCCCUGCCGUGAUAUUGCUGUGUUCGACUGACCGCCGCCCCUCAGGUCAGACUGUCAGUGUAAAAUGUACAAAAAAAGUUCAACGACCAGCCGGGCCGGGCCGCCGACGUACGGUGUAGUGGUGAGCGGCUGGACGGCCGGGGUCUGUCUGCGUGUGCGGGGACUGAGAUGUUAUUUAGGUGGCUGUGUUGGUCAGAGACUGCUGUCUAUAGUGCUACAGACUGUAUAGUGUCAGAGACUGCUGUCUAUGGUAGUAUGUGGAGCCAGAGACUGUCUAUAGUGUCAGAGACUGCUGUUCUAUGGUGUGUGUGUGUGGUGUCAGAGACUGUAUAUGGUGAUCAGAGAGUAGAUAUUACAAUUCUAUGGUGUGAGGCCGGACGUGUCGGCACGAGCAGUGCCGCCCCGGUAUAUCGCUCUCCGUCUGUGUGUAACUGACGGCGGCCGGUCGCGCCGAGUGUGAUAGAGGUGCAGGGUUCGAGUAGUUUCCGUCUGGGCUGUACGCUGUAGAUAUGGAAAACCGGACCAUACGGUGCCCACCGCCGGCCCACAGCGGCUAACCGGGGGCUUCUGGGUCCGACGCUUGGCGACUUACGCUCGGGGAUUGGUGUUUUGCGCUAUUAAUGAUUUGUAUCAGCUCGCAGCACGUUACUAAUGCUAAAACGUUACGAUAUGGGCGCUACCUGUAGUAUGAGGAGGUCGCCGGCAGUGCGCGAGUUACCCGCCGUGGCGGAUUUGACGUGUACAAAGUAACGACGACGAAUGGCCCUGUGCGGCGGGCCGGACCCAGUGCACACAGGCGACUAACCCAGUACAUGCAGUAACCUCAGAUCUACGUCGGCAGUGUUGUGCGGUGUGCCGGGACGCCCGGCUUGUGUGGUGUCGGCGGGGUCAGUGCGACCCUGGUGUACCGGCGACUUACGCAGUCGCCCCGGGCUGUGUGUGAACUGUGUGUGAACUGUGUGCUCUCCAUGUGUGUACUGUGCCGGGUGGGACGACCCCCGGGCCGCGGGGCGGUCCCCCGGCGCACAGUGGUCCGCGCUGCUCGGCGCACGGUGGACGCCGGCGCCACGCGCGCUGAAAAAUAAAGACAUCUCAAGUGUA